AUGCAAGGAGCUAAUAAGGUGACUAUCUGGGUCAUAACUGGCCUGAUGGCCGUCCUCACCAUGUUCUUCAACCUGUUCAUCUUCCUGAUGAGCCUGAAGAGCUAUAAGCAGAACAAACACUGGACCCCCUGUGAGACCAUCAUCACAGCCCUGUCCUUGGCCAAUGGAGCUCACCAGCUGCUCUGCUAUCUCUGGAUGACCAUGACCGAAAUAGACAAAGACUGCCGACUGGAAGAGCUGUUCUACUCCUUAAUGUUAUUGACAGUGUUCAGCCUCAAGUUCACUAUCAUGUGGACCACCUCCUUCCUGACUUUCUACUACAGCACCAAGCUAGUGAUCGAGCCCAUCCACUGCUACACCAAGAUCCAGGAGGCCAUCCUGAAGCACGUCACCACUGUGGUCCUGGUCAUCCCUAUGUGUGGUCUCGGCACGUGUCUGCCCAUGCUGACUGUCCUCGUCCCUGAGAACAAUACAUCGGAAAACAAGGACUGCGGUUCCAUCAUGCCUAAUGGCACCCCUGGCAUGAUCUAUAACACUGUUUAUCUAGUCCUCUCCAAUAUCCUACCGGGAGUUCUGAUGGUAAAGUGUUGCAUAUCCAUCUCUGUUCACCUGGGCAUCCAUCUCCAGCACAUGAAGGCCAGUACUAAUGGUUCCCACGCACCCAAGCUGGGCUCUGAGAUGCGGGUGAUACGCAUGACCCUCGCCCUGGUGGUUGUUUUCCUCUGUUUCAUGGUGGUUGAUCUAUAUGCGUACUAUCAGGUGACGGUGAAGAAAGAGAAUGCUAUUCUGCUCUCUUUUCUCUUCACCUCCAUCUAUACCACUUUCAGUGCCUUGGUUCUUAUCUACGGUAAGAAGACAUUCUGGAAGGUUCUCCUCCACUCUUACAAUGUCGGCCUGGAUGAGUUUCCCUGUCUGUCCUGCCUAAAGGUGCCAGAGACCAAAUGCAAACCCAGCUCUGCUCACACAGUCAAACACUGA